AUGUCGAUUCCAAAAACGAGAUGGCGCUGUGAACAAUUCCACCAAUCAAGAACGAACGCAAACAAUGGUUGUCAAAUCAUUAACGCACAAAUUCAUUCCGAUUACGAAGAAAGCACAGUCGAAUCAAACAAAGACAACAUGGUUUCAUUAGAAAAGAAAUCACCAGAAGAACGACUGAACAUCUGUCGUAAAUAUUAUCUAGGUGGUUUUGCUUUCUUACCACUUCUCUGGCUGAUCAAUGCAAUUUGGUUCUAUAAACAAGCAUUCAAAGUCGAACCUUAUCCUCAACAAGCUCAAAUUCGAACAUAUGUGAUUCGAAGUGCCAUUGGUACGCUAGCUUGGCUUCUUAUUAUUACCAUAUGGAAUGUUUUAUUUCAAGUCUUUCGCACCAAAAUGGGUCCAGCUGGAGAUUAUUUAACAUUCGUUGUACCUCGAGGAUACUACUGA